AGAGUUAAUUAUUGCCAUUAUAUACUACUAUUAAUUUAUUAUUUCUACUGCUACAUACUGUAUCGAUCCACUAUAUAAGAUUGAUUAGUUUCUGAAUCUGAUGAAGAAGUUCAAUAUCAGUUUCUACUUAAUCUCAUGUUUAUCCCCUAAUAAGAGCUACCUAGGCAUCUAAAAAAGCAGCAGGCACACAAACCCAAAGAAAUUAAAGUGAUCUUCUCGAUCCAAAACCUCCACUCUUCUUCCCCUAGCUUAAUUUCAUCAAAAAAUAAGACGGAAACUAAUGAUCAUCAAACUUAUCGAUUGAGUACGUACAGUCGUGAUUAAUCUAUCUUAGUGAUCGAUGAAGUAUCAGUGAAAGGCUGAGGCGAGGAGGAGGAGGAGGAGGAGGAGGAGGGGGUUUAACAAUGGGAUCAAGGUCAAGGUGCGAAGACUGUGGGAAUAAAGCAAAGAAGGAGUGUGUGUACAUGAGAUGCAGGACUUGUUGUAAGAACAAAGGGUUUCGGUGCCAAACUCACGUCAAAUCGACUUGGGUUCCUCUCUGCAAAAGAAGCCUACUCCAUGAGCAGCAGCACCCUAAUGAUGAUCACCACAGGCAACAGCAACUUGCUAUUGAUCAAGGACACAUCUUCAUCAACCCUGAUAAGAAGCUAAGACAACACAACCCCUCUUCAUCAUGUGCAGGGCUAGAUCGAGAUCAUCAAGAGGCUAAUUUUCCGGCUGAAGUGACUACCAUGGCCAAAUUUCAGGGCAUUCGAGUGAGCUCCAUGGACGAUAUGGUGGAUCUGGAUCAGCAUGCUUAUCAGACAAGCGUGAUUAUAGGUGGCCAUGUAUUCAGGGGCAUUCUCCAUGAUCAAGGCCCUGCUGUUCAUCAGAUGAAUUAUUACACUUCAGCCUCUGCAGCAGAUCAACCACAUCAUCCUCCUUCAUAUCAAUUGAUUAAUCCAUUUAACGCUUUCAUGCCUGCAGGUACACAAUUUUUCCAAAACCUGUCAUCUUAAAUUCUUAAUAAAUUGGGUUUUGCAGUUUGAAAUCCUUUCUUGUAAUUAAAAGAA